AUGAAUAAAAGUCGUGUGGAUUUGAAUGUGUUAUCAAGUUGGGAUGCAUUCUUCAAGAGCGCUUCGGCUGGAGUACAGCCCGGACUCGCUUACCAAAGCCCACCGAGUCUGACCUCAAGUGGCUAUACUCUACCGGCAAUAGAUAUAACCUCAACGACAGCUUUAGCGCAGACAUCAGAUGUGUCCGCUGUUGGGCACCGAGAUAUCGACGACCACUUGUCUGUUCAGGCUAUCAUCAGAUCUUAUCAGGUUCGGGGUCAUUUAGUAGCAAAGUUGGAUCCGUUAAGUAUAACGUCGGCGAACAUCCAUUCGCCGCUACACUCUGGUACGCCCUCUUCCCCGCAAGUUGUGCUUAGAACUCACAAAUUAGUCUAUAACAGUCCAUACCUUAUUCGAGGCCACUAUUUCGCCAGUUUAGACCCUCUCAGCAUAAAUGUCACUAAUUUUGACAGAGACGGCGCUUGGCUUAAGGUUCAUAACUUGGAGGAGAAAGAUAUGGAUCGUCUCUUUAAGCUCCCGUCGACCACUUUUAUCGGUGGCGGAGAGUCUAUACUUCCGCUGAGGGAGAUAUUGAAACGCUUGGAAGACGUCUAUUGCCAACACAUUGGCGUUGAGUAUAUGUUUAUCAAUAACUUAGAACAAUGCCAAUGGAUUCGGGAGAAGUUUGAAACCCCGAAAAUAACCCAAUUAUCAGUUGAGCAAAAGCGGACACUUUUAGCCCGAAUGACUCGUUCGCAUAAAUUCGAGGAGUUUUUGGCCAAAAAGUGGUCGUCAGAGAAGCGGUUUGGUCUCGAAGGCUGUGAAGUAUUGAUUCCAGCGAUGAAAGCUAUUAUCGACUACUCGAGUGAAGCGGGUAUUGAGAGUAUAGUAAUGGGAAUGCCUCACAGGGGAAGGCUUAACGUAUUGGCCAAUGUCUGUCGUAAACCACUCGAACAGAUCUUCGCUCAAUUCAGUAGUUUAGAGCCGGCGGAUGAGGGCUCAGGAGAUGUGAAGUAUCACUUAGGGAUGUCUCACGAGAGACUUAAUCGCGUCACUAAUAAGAACAUAAAGCUGGCGGUCGUCGCCAAUCCAUCACAUCUGGAAGCGUGUGAUCCUAUAGUCGAGGGGAAGACUAAAGCAGAACAGUUCUAUCGCGGAGACACUCAGGGAAAGAAAGUAAUGUCUAUUCUAUUACACGGAGACGCGGCCUUCGCUGGACAGGGAGUGGUUUACGAGACCUUUCAUUUGAGUGAUUUACCCGACUAUUCAACGCACGGCACGAUUCAUAUUGUGGUCAAUAAUCAAAUUGGUUUUACGACUGAUCCUCGAGUCGCCCGUUCCUCUCCCUAUUGCACAGACGUGGCGCGUGUCGUAAACGCUCCCAUCUUUCACGUGAAUGCUGACGAUCCCGAGGCUGUGGUCUAUGUCUGCACUGUUGCCGCCGAAUGGAGAGCAAAGUUCGGCAAAGACUGUAUCAUUGAUUUGGUGUGUUAUCGCCGUAAUGGUCACAACGAAAUCGACGAACCAAUGUUUACCCAACCAUUGAUGUACACAAAGAUCCGAAAACAGGUGACGUGUUUGGAUCAAUACGCGCGCAAACUUGUCGAUGAAAACAGUGUUUCAGAAAGUUUUGUCGAAGAACUGAAUGAUAAAUACGAUGCGAUUCUGACGGAAGCGUAUAAGAAUGCGGAGAAGGAGGUGAAGAUGUAUAACAAA